AUGGCGGUGGCGAUGCUGCGUGACUGGUGCCGGUGGAUGGGCGUGAGCGCGCGCAGGGGCCUGCUGGUGUUGGGCAUCCCGGAGGACUGCGAGGAGGCCGAGGUGCACGAGGCCCUGGAGGCCGCGCUCUGGCCGCUCGGCCGCUUCUCCGUGCUCGGGCGGGUGUUCCGCGAGGAGGACAACGCCGCCGCGGCCCUGGUGGAGCUGGCCCAGGAGGUGGACUACGCGCUGGUGCCCCGAGAGGUCCCGGGCAGCGGGGGGCCCUGGCGCGUGGUGUGUGUGCCCCGCUGCUCGGGCGAGGAGGUCCUGGGCCGCGUGUUCCACUUCCUCGAGCAGCAGGGCCAGACGGUGGAGAGCGUGGCCGGCGCCCUGGGGCUGGGGCUGCGGCGCGUGUGUUGGCUGCGCUCGGUCAGCCAGGCGGUCCAGCCCUGGGUGGAGACCGUGCGCUACCAGCGCCUGGGCGUGUUCUCCGGGCGCCAGGAGCCGGGCCCGGGGGAGGAGCCCUUCGAGGCCUGGCUGGACCACGCCAGCGACAUGCUGCACGUGUGGCAGGCGGUCUCGGAGAGGGAGCGGCGGCGGCGGCUGCUCGAGGGCCUGCGUGGCACCGCCCUGCAGCUGGUGCGCGGGCUCCUGGCUGAGAACCCAGCGCGCACGGCGCGGGAGUGCCUGGCCGCCCUGGUGCAGGUGUUCGGGGACACUGAUUCCGUGGCGGCCACGCGGCUGAGGUGUCUGACCGCUCAGCAGAGGCGAGGCGAGCGCCUCUCUGCCUUCGUGCUGCGGCUGGAGGUCCUGCUGCAGAAAGCCAUCGAGAAGGGGGCCCUGGCCAGAGCCUUGGCCGACCACUUGCGCCUGAGGCAGGUGCUCACCAAGGCCACCCUCGUGGAGCCGCUGGACGAAGCGCUGCGGAAGCUGAGGCUGGUCGGGAGGGCCCCCAGUUUCCUGGAGAUGCUGGGGCUCGUCCGGGAGUCCGAGUCGUGGGAAGCCAUUCUACUCAGGAAUGAGAGGGCCCAGGCAGAGGAAGGGGUUGGGGCCGGGGCCCAGGCAGAGGCCAGAGCCAACCCUGGGGAAGAGGGGCAGGCAGGGUCUGCAGAGGCCCCUGGGGCCAGUGUGGGCAGCGCCCCAGCCCAGGUGAGCAGUGUUCCUGGGGCAGGCGCAGGAGCCCCAGGCUGUGGGCCUGAGGGCCUCGCCCAGGCAGGAGACCCAGAGGCCGUGGAGGCCGAGGAGCCUCCCGACGAGCGGCUCCAGCCCAUCCUGGAGGAGUCGGAAAACGAGGGCGAGGCUGGCGCGAUGAGCCUGCCUGAGUCCUCCUGCUCGGACCGAGAUUCUGGGCAACGGUUGCUUGUUCUUGGGGAGGUGCGUGUGUGCUUAUCCGAGCAGUUUUUUCCCCGGAGACCUCGGCCCAGUCCCGGAAGACAGCGGGAAGGACGGAUGCGGGAGUGGCCACCCUCACCCCGCGAGUGA